AAAGCCCGUGAACAAUAGCCUAUAGAGUAUGGAAGUCAAAAGUCUACUGGUAUUCAAGUUACUGGUGUUUUUUGUAGCAUACACAAAUGCAGAGAUACUCAUUCGAGGGAGUGAACGUGUUUCCUUGGGAUCAGAAGCCCGUCUACAGUGUAUUGCAAGAGAUUACGAUGUCCAGACGAGAAAGAUGAUUUGGUUCCACAACGGACGUCUUGUUACGAAGUCCAGCAGAAACACCAUUACGGAGCUUUUCAAUGACAACGAAGAUGACUACGGGUUGAGUGAACUCCGAAUACCGGAAGUACGACUGAGUGAUGCUGGGAGAUACACGUGUAAAGCAAACAAGAAUCAUGAAGCCAGCUUUGAUCUAACUGUGCAUUAAUGAUUCUGUAGAAGUAAAAAUUAUUCGAAUAAAAUGAAAAAAGCGCCAAA